GAAGAAGGAAAAAGAGAAAGAGGAGGAAAAACAGAACAAGAAGAAGCACGGAAACAGCAGUAGCAGUGAUAACGAAGACAGCGAGGAGCGAACGAAGGAGAAAGGGAAGAAGAAAGAGAAGAAGAAUACGGAGAAGAGGGAGAAGAAGAAAGAGAAGAAAAGAGAGAAGAGAGAAAAGCGACGCCGGAACAGAGACACCGACAGCGACAGUUCCAGCAACAGCUAUAGUGAUAGCAGCGCUGGCCGCGACAGCGACAUCGACAAAGAGAAGAAUGAAAAGAAGAGAAAAAAAACGAAAAAUAAGAAGAAGAAAAACCGAAACAAAAGCCGGAGCAGGAGCAGGCAAGAUGAGAAGAGAAUAGAUACAAGUAGUAGACGUGAAAGGGAAGAGAGGAACAGCAGAAGCGGAAGCGCGAAGAAAGGAAAGAGAAAGAGAAGCAGAAGCACAAACAAAAGCAGGGGUAGAUAUGAAAGGAGAAGGAGCGAACGCGAUAGAUAUGAGAAAAGAAGAAAAUGAGGUUGGUGUUUGGCACACAGAUUUUUUCAUCACACUGUCAGUAAAACGUUGUUUUACGAACACUUCGUGUCCGUCAAACGCCGUUUACAGACAGUGUGACGAAAAGUUAUCUUCGUCACAGGAUCGAAAAAACUUUUCUAACGAGUGUGAGGGUUGCAGACUGAGGCGAAGCCGAGGAAUGCCACCCUCACACUCGUCAGAAAAGUUUUUUCGGUCCUGUGACCAAAUAGUUAGGAAUGUUGAAGUAAGGAAUGUUGGAGUGGGAAAAAAUUUGAAGUGAGAAAAAAAUUUGAAGUGGGAAAAAAGUUUGAAGUGAGAAAAGCUUGAAGUUG